AGUUUUGUUCAGUUUGGUUCUAAUUUUUUUUUAUUUUGUCGUUCUAUUUAUUUUUUUUUAUUAUCUCUUAUUUUCUUUGCACAAUUCUUUAUGCGUUUAUUAACUCCUCCGAUCUAAUUAAUGUGCCCUAUUUCGUAUGUAAAAAAGAAUAAUUAGUUACAGUUUUUAACCUCAAUUCAUUACACACACGUGUGCAAAUUUCUGUACACAAAUCGGCAUAAAAUCAUCUGAUCGGUCUUUAAUAAUCUCCAUUCUAUGGAAUUGUAAUCAUGUGAUGUAAUAACGAAAGUUGCUGGUCAUUGCUCAACACGUAUUAAUCAGUGUCAAUGUGACAGCUUCUUCGAAUAUACAGAUAACGCAGUUUUAUAAAAUAUUUCAGCUAAUUGACGGAUAAGAUUUAUUUAGAAUUAUUGCAGAAUUAGUCAAGUUAAUUGAUAUAUAUGCAAAAUGUUACGUAAAGCAUGUCAAUGUCAAAUAACCAGCUCGAUUCAUUCGAGCUGGUGUGCUGAAGUAUAUGAUAUGCCAAUGAAUAUAAUUAUCAGACCUAUUCCUCCUGUACUAAAUGAGGAAAAAGUUCAAAGUUUAAUGAAUGCAUUGAAAAAUACUGAAACUGAGCACACGGUACCACCCAUCGAUGUUCUCUGGAUUAAAGGAUCCAAAGGUGGUGAUUAUUAUUAUUCUUUUGGUGGUUGUCAUCGUUAUACUGCUCAUCAACGAUUAGGUAAAACGUCUAUUAAAGCCAAAAUAAUUGAAUCAACAUUGACAGACUUACGAUAUUACUUGGGGAGUUCUACGCCUAACUUAAAGUGACUUUAAGUGCAUUAUUUGUAUUUAUAUAAUGAAAAAUAUGUAUUAAUAUAUAUAU